AUGUUGUUCUUAAGGACGGAAACAAUCAACAGCGAUAGGGUACAACAGAAUGUCGAACAUCAGCAACAACCGCAACAACAAUCAAACAAUCGUAAUUUGGGCGAAUAUUCCGAUAACGAACAAGAGGACGAAGAAGAAGUUGAAGUUGACGUUGAAGAGUGUUCCGAUAGUGAAAACGUUGCCGUUGUUGUUAAAAAAAAUAAUCGCGUCAAUAAAACUUCCGAUAGAUCAUCUCCCGUUCGUAACGGUUCGGACACAAGUUCCGAACAGGGAGAAGAAAGAGGAAGAGAUACUCCGGAUUCUGGAGAUGAAAAAGCUGGAGCCGGAGCUAAAGUUAAAAUUAGGUGUAAUUGUCAAGAAUUAUUGAUGGUCGAUUGUCAUUUGGAAACCAAAGACCUAUGGGACAAAUUUCACGAUUUGGGUACGGAAAUGAUAAUAACCAAAACCGGAAGGUAA